AUGUCAUUGGUUAUUACUGCCAUCGAUUGGAUUUGUGUUGUUUUAUUUGUACUUGGCUUUAUUGGUAAUCUUCUUGGUCUGCUCGUUUUUUCAUCACGUCGUUUUCGUUGUUGUUCAACAUAUGCUACUUUAGCAUUAGCAUCGUUUGGAAUUAAUUUAAUAUGUAUUAUACGUUAUGCAUUUUUACUUCAUUCAACAACAAGACGAUGGCUAUCCGAUAAUCUUGUUAAUUUACAUUGGAUGACAUGUAAAAUAUAUCGCUUAUCAUCAUCAAUUCGUGUAAUUGCGGCAUGGGUUACAGUUUUUUGGGUUAUUGAAAGAUUUGUCUAUGUAGCAUCGCGUUUAAAUUUAUUUUAUAAUCGAGGUGAAAAAUGUCAUUUUUUGGGAAAAUAUAAAUUUUUAUGUAUGAUUACAAUCGCAUUGAUCAUGGUUGCUAUUGUUACAGGUCCAACUGUCUUUUUCUUUGCACCAAAUUUAUCUAAUUUGAAUGAAACAAAUUCAUCAGCAAAAUGUACAUAUGAUAAGCAAAGUGUAUCACCCAUGUGGCGACAUUAUUUUGACGCUUUAACAUUUGGACUUAAUUAUUAUACGUUGCGAUGUUUAUUUUCCGAACUAAUACCCUCACUGUUAGUUGCAUUAUUUAAUGCAGGCAUAAUAGGAUGCAUUUUACGAACAACAGCACAUGUUCGACGACGACAACAAUAUAACCCUAGUAAUACUUUAUCAAUGCCUGUAAUAGCUGGUUCAUCAACAAAAGCACCAGCGUCAUCACCUGUAUAUUUAUCUGAUAGAACUCUACAAUUACAGCGGCAAAGCUCUUUGAGACAAGUAUGCUUGAAAGGUUCAUCAAAUACAAAUACAAACGUACCAUUUGGGAAGAUGUCCUGGAUGAAUGUUGUUUUAUUAUUACAUUCAUUACUAUUUUUUCUUUCAUCAAGUGUAACAUCGUUGGUAUAUUUUUCGACUUCAGAUUUGCUGUUAGCCAAUUUGGUCAGUGUUAUUAUAUUAGCAAAUUGCUCAUUAAAUUUCUAUAUUUAUUGUGUUAGUGGAAGACAAUUUCGUCUAGAAUUAAAACGUAUUGGUAAACUUUAUAUACGACAUAUUCGUAAAGCUUUUGCACGAAAUCGUUACUCUACUGAUCGUCAUCGGUCGCCUGCACAAAAUGGACAACAUAAUAUUUAUCAAGCUGUGUGUCAAUCAAAACAACGAAAUUAUCCUGGUAUAAAACCUAUCAGAUCUUAUCCUGUACAUCAGGUCAUCAGAUAG